UAAAAUACAAAACAAAGUUUUUUGUUAUCCAGAUGGUUUUUAUUGCAGGAGAAAUGAUACAGCAUGAUGGAGACAUGAUGUGCCUGAUGCAUGGAUUAAUAAAAUCACAGAGAUCAAUGAGUUGUUUUUUUAUUUUUAUUUUUUUUUUUGAAGGACAAGGUUGCAGGGUGUGUUAGAUCACUUCUGAGUAUCCAACAGUCUGAUGUCCCUGUGUCCACUGAGUCCUGAUGUCCCAGUAUCCAUAGAGACCCUGUAAAUCUUCCCAACUCUUGCAUCAUUUGCUCCUGCUAUAAGGAUGGGCCUCAGUGCGCAUGCGCCACGGUUCGGACGAGCGUGUCCAUUGGCUGCGCGCUCUGAGCAGUCAGUCACUGCGCCGUGUGAGUGAGUGAUCACCAACCCACGCUGCUCAGAACCGGUCUCUGCUUCCCUCCCACGUUCCUCACAAACACAGGAUGGACAAAAAGAGCGAGAUCAACGGGCACGCGAUGCCCGGUUCGGCCUCCACGGACCGGAUCCUGCCCUCCUCAGCCUCCACGGAGCGGUUCUCCGCGGAGCGCAGCGAGCAGAGGAGCUGCAGGCAGAGGCUGUGCGGGUUCCUGAGGAGGAACCUGCUGGUGAUCCUCACGGUGUCCGGGGUGCUGGUGGGCGUCGGGCUCGGGAUGAUGGUCCGGAGCAUGAACCUGAGCAGAGCCCAGAUGGCCCACUUCGCCUUCCCCGGAGAGAUGCUGCUCCGGAUGCUGAAGAUGAUCAUCCUGCCCCUGGUGGUGUGCAGCCUGGUCUCCGGCGCCGCCAGCCUGGACACGCGCUCCUUGGGGAAGCUGGGGGGCAUCGCGGUCGCCUACUUCCUGGUGACCACCCUGAUUGCCUCGGGGAUCGGGGUGGCCCUGGCCUUCAUCAUCAAACCGGGAGUCGGAGCCGGCGCGCUGAACACCAACAGCCUGGGUCUGGAGAGCGUCAGCACCAACAAGGAGACCACCGACUCCUUCCUGGAUCUGGCGAGGAAUUUAUUUCCAGCAAACCUGGUGGCUGCAGCUUUCCGUUCUUAUGCCACCGACUACAAAAUGAUUGCCGUGGGGAACGACACCAACGGGACAUCGCUCUACCAGAAGGUCCCUGUGGGAACUGAAACAGACGGCAUGAACAUUCUGGGUCUGGUUCUGUUUGCCAUGGUUUUUGGAGUGGCCCUGCGGAAACUGGGAGAGGAGGGAGAGGAACUCAUUCGUUUCUUUAACGCCUUUAACGAGGCCACCAUGGUGCUGGUGUCCUGGAUCAUGUGGUACAUCCCUUUUGGUAUUGUGUUUCUCGUGGGCAGUAAAAUAGUAGAAAUGGAAGAUGUAGUUCUCCUGGUCACCAGUCUGGGGAAAUAUAUAUUUGCUUCGAUCCUGGGCCACAUCAUCCAUGGAGGCAUAGUCUUGCCUCUCAUCUACUUUGCAUUAACACGCAAGAACCCCUUCAGUUUCCUCUCAGGCCUCAUCACACCCUUCACCACCGCCUUCGCUACCUGCUCCAGUUCAGCAACGCUGCCCUCCAUGAUAAAGUGUGUGGAGGAAAACAACGGUGUGGACAAACGCAUCAGCCGUUUCAUCCUCCCCAUCGGGGCCACGGUCAACAUGGACGGAGCGGCCAUUUUCCAGUGCAUCGCCGCCGUCUUCAUCGCUCAGCUCAACAACACGGAGCUGAACGCCGGACAGAUCUUCACCAUCCUGGUAACAGCCACAGCCUCUAGCGUCGGUGCAGCAGGAAUCCCAGCCGGAGGCAUCAUCACCAUCGCGAUCAUACUGGAGGCCAUCGGCCUGCCGACUAAUGACCUGUCCCUCAUGUUGGCUGUUGACUGGAUUGUGGAUCGUACCACCACCGUGGUGAACGUGGAAGGGGAUGCCCUGGGUGCAGGAAUCCUCCACCACAUCAACCAGCAGGAAGUGAAGCAUCAGCAGAAGGAGGAGCUGGAGGAGGUGCGGGUGGAAUCUACAGCCAACGUUCAGGCGGAGGAGGAGACAUCGCCGCUCGUCAUGCAUCGAAUCAAAGUCCCAGGGGCCGUGCCCGAAGCCAUCGAGUCUGUCCUGUGAACCCGUUUAACCUUUGACAUGUGCGAUGUUGCUGCUCAUGGGGCACCUGUCUGACCCAGUGUCCUUAAAAACAGCACAAACUAUACAAAAACAACCCACAAAUCACUGAUGGUUUCAACUGUGAGGACAGAAACAGGCUGCAGGUAGAGUCUGUACGGUCUGAAUCUUAACACAUUUAGGAAUGAUUCAUUUUUAAUAAUGUUUAGUUACAACUUGCUAUUGGAAGAGUUUAGUUUUCAACAUUGAUGAAAACAUGAGUAUCAUUCCCAUUGAUGUUCGAGAUCGGUUUUCGUAACACUUACUGCCUUCCUUGUUUUAAUUUCCAAACAGCGUUUAAUACUUUUUAUUAUUAGACAGUCAAAAACAAAUUUAACCAUCAACUGCUGAAUAAGUCAGUUAUUUUCUAACUUAAUAUAUUCCAUGUGUGAGUUGGAAAUGUAAAUGAAAUAACCCCAGAUCAAGAGGUUUUGGAUACUUCUGUCAUAUUGAAGAUGGAGUUUUGUGGUUUCAAACUCUUAACUUGUAUUUUUCCAGAAUCCAUCUGUGCAGGCUGCUGUUUGCUGACCAUCAGCAGACAGAGGUCAAACAUUAACUCUGCAAAGGUAAAGUGAAGUAUUUGGCCUGAUUUGAGAGCAAACCUCAGUGACAGAUUGGCUCAUCGUCCUGGUAAAACAUUUUGAACAUUGGACUAUCUGAAUGAGCCCAUUCCCUUGAUGUUCUCACGUAGGAAGGCCCAUUUGUUUACAGGUCAACUGAAGAUUGGCCUAUUUCCAUGUUUUUUAAACAGCUAAAACUGAAACCAUGGAACAAAGUCUCCUUAAAAAUAUAGGACUUUGUCUUGCCAUCUGAAGUUUAACGCAUUAUUUUUUUUGAGGGUAGUAUCUCACUAGGCAACAACUGUUGCAGACUAGAUGGUGAACGGUAUUGAUGGCAAAGUCUCUAAAAUAUCUCAAAAAUGUUUAGGGGGUUCAGAAUUUCUGAGUUGCAGAGGCUCACAGUCUUGUUGCUUGAACUUUGAACUUCUUGAACAUUCUCGGCCUAGAAUACACUUUUGCUAGGCAUACACACAAAAAUUAUUGAUAUCUACGAUUCAGCAGUAACAAAACACGGCCGUGUGGUUAAUGGCUUUAUCGCACACGCUAAAAAGUCUGCGAGACUGCAACAGAAAAUGAUUAUAUUUUCUUACAAAUUUGAGUCUUUACCUUACCUCCAACAAUUGCAGCUCAAUGAAAUACUACCUUUAGUUAUAUAAAAACACAUUUUAGUUUUUUGCUAACUUCUUGUGAGAUCUUUGUUUCCAAGAAUGAUUAAAAUUAGUUUGUUAUUUGAAUGCUAGCUAACUAGCUAAAGUAGUGCUAACUUGUAGGGUCAUCCCCAUGUUACCCAGAUCCCUAUGUUUCCCCCGGUAUAAUCAUCUGUUUCCUGGUACCUAUAUUUCCCAGAUCCUUAUGUAGCCCACUGGUACAACCAUAUCUAUGUUAGCCGAUACCUGUAUUCCCUGGUAAAAUGCCUGCACCUAAAUUUAGUUGUAUAUUUAAUUUGUUUCAAAAGACAUUUGAUGGGCGAGCCAAGCACAUUUCAUGAAUUUCAUUAUUGACCACAGGAGAACAUAGGUAAUGUAGAACAUGGGCACCAGGAAACUGGAACACAGGUACCCUGGAACAUUGUAACACUGGAAAAUAGGUACAGUGGAGCAUUGGUACCAUAGAACAUUGGUACAGUGGUACAUUAGUAUCAUAGAACAUUGGUACAAUGGAAAAUUGGUAACCGUGGAAUAUUGGUACCAUGGAACAUGUGGAACACUGGUGCCAUUGAACAUGGGUAGAGUGGAACAUGGGUACCAUAGAACAUUGAUACACUGGAACAUUGGAACACUGAAACAUUGGUACCAUGGAAUAUGGGUAUAGUGGAACAUAGAUACCAUAGAACAUUGGUACACUGGAACAGUGAUACCAUGGAACAUGGGUACCAUAGAACAUUGGUACCAUGCAACACGGGUGCAGUGGAACAUGGGUAUCAUGGAACAUUGGUACCAUGGAACACAGGUACAGUGGAACAUGGGUACAGUGGAACAUUGGUACUGUGGAACAUAGGUACCAUAGAACAUUGGUACAGUGGAGCAUGGGUACCAUAGAACAUUGGUAUACUGGAACAUUGGUACCAUGAAACAUGGGUACAGUGGAACAUGGGUACUAUAGAACAUUGGUACCAUGGAACACAGGCACAGUGGAACAUGGGUACAGUGGAACAUUGGUACUGUGGAACAUAGGUACCAUAGAACAAUGGUACACUGGAACAUCGAUACCAUGGAACAUGGGUACCAUAGAACAAUGGUACACUGGAACAUUGAUACAAUGGAACAUGGGUACCAUAGAACAUUGAUACCAUGGAACACAGGUACAGUGGAACAUGGUUACCAUGGAACAUGGUUACAGUGGAACAUAGAUACAGUGCAACAUAAGUACUGUGGUACAUACAGUACAUACCUUGGAACAUGCGUACAGUGGAACAUGGGUAUAGUGUGACAUAGGUACUGUCACACAUAGGUGACAUGAAACAUAGGUACCAUGGAACAUUGGUACUGUGGGAAAUAGGUACUGGGGCACAUAGGUACCAGGGAACAAAGGUAUGAACCCCUAACUUUCAGCUAACAGCUUUAGAUAUAAGUUUUGUUAUUUUAGCUGUUUGCUCAGAGCUAAUACUUGUCUGCUGACACUACUAAGGUUCGUGUAACCUGACAAACUAAAAAUGUACUGUAAAGAAUUGAUAUUUAAUGAAUCAUCUUCGAAUUAAAGAAAAAUUAGAAUCAAGGGAUUUUAAAGCCAACAUGUUAUUGAACUCUGAGUCAUAAGUUGACUCUGUGAGAAGAUCUAAACAUUAGUGUCCAAGGACUGCAGAUUUUUUUUAUCGACCAUCAUGAAAACACUCCAGUCUCUUUUCAAAGGAAGAAACAAAUCGGAUGUUUAACUUGAGUUUUUCAGUAAAGUUCAUGAUGGUUGGUGUUAGGAAAUCACAUCGAGCCAUUCACAGAAAAUCAUAUGUUUAUGCUCAGACACUGGACCAAAAUAUAUAAAGAGUUCUUAUUUUUUAUUCUGGAGAUCCAUCCUCCAUUUUAUUUGGUGGGCAAUUCACCUCCGCUGGCUCUUUUGUUUGUUAAUGUUUGUGUGUGGCUGAUUUUCAGUGGCGUCUCUGCUGUGCUGCAUUAGUAUUUUUCCCCCGAUCGGGUUAAAUGUGGAUCAAAGUGAGCACGUCUUCUUCACACUUACCGUAUAUCUGUGACUCUGUAGGGGUCUGAGGUCCUCUAAAAGAGUCACUGCUCUGUUUGUUUUAAUGUUCUUGGUGCUGUCUUUUUUUACGGGGUAAAAUCUAGUGCCAUAGCUGUUCAUACUUUGCAGUUCAACAAGAAGCAAGCUGUGCCAAAACUCCCUGUUGGCUGGACUGAGCUGACCUUUGAGCUGGUGGCUCCCUCUGGUGGCUGUGAAAACACUAAACUAACUGUGGUAACAUUUCUUAUAUACUUAAUUUAAUCUGUUAUUGCCAUAAAUCUUGUGAUGUUAUUCUGUGAAGAACACUAAGAUGUGAUGGAUCUGUUAUUAUUUUUAAGCCAUUUGUUUUUCUGUGUCUGUUUCUGACGCAGUAAAAAUAAUCGUCAGAUUUCUGCUUUAAUUUGACAUAGUGGAUUUAAUUUGUUUUUUCUCAGUAUUACGUGUUUCAUGGUCAGGUUUGACUGUUUUUGCUACAAUAACAUGUAUUUACACCUGGUAUGGAAAAUGAAUUUAUGUAUGUUUGGGUCAUAAUUUACCCUUUAAAAUGUCUGUAUGUCUCACACCUUCCAGUAAGCUAAUAAUUUCAGAAUGUUCCUAAUAGUUUGAAUGUAUUUUAAUGAUUUUUUUGUUAAUAGUUUGUAUUGCCUGUGCCGUGUCGCUGUCAAACUCUACAGCUGUCUGUGCUCUCAAUCCUGCUGUCCGCCUUCAAUAAACUGAACGGUUCUGUCAUAAAAUGUU